GGUCUUUUCUUCACUUCAUCUUCAUCUUCUUCCUUUUUUUCCCUUUUAUUGAUAUGAUGCAGAAGACACUUUCCAAGUGUUCCAUUUCUUUGAGAAACGUACGGCCUCCACGCGGAGGUCUAAAUACUCCUACAUUGCGCUGCAUUGCCACGCAAGCGGAGCAAACCCCUAAACCUGUUCACCUGCCGAAGAAGGAGGGAGACAUUUCUUCGGUUUUUGUUUCUCUUUCCAGUGGAGAAGUGCAACCACUCCCUCACAGGUUUGCAGAUCUCAAGUCCCAUCUUCUUGGCGGAAAUGCGGAUCAGUUGAAGCAAAGUUGGGACAGGCUGCUAAAAGCCUUGAGGAGAGAGAUCAAAGAAAUUGCAGAACUUGGUUCAAAUGUCAUUCCCGAAAUUGAUUACAGGAAUAUAAAAAAUGCCCCGCAAUCAUUUGAAACUGCAUUGAGAAAACGAGGGGUAGCGGUCAUCAGGGGUGUCAUUCCGAGGGAUGAGGCACGUCGCUAUAAAGAAGAGGUCGAAGAUUAUGUGAAAUUAAAUCCCUGGACGAAAGCUUUUCCUCAAAAUGAUCCACAGGUGUUUGAGCUCUACUGGUCUCCGUCCCAGGUCCGCGCACGCGCGCAACCAAAUCUAAUUGAAGCUCAAAGAUAUUUGUUGAGUUUCUGGCAUUCAAAUGAUCCUGAGGCUAUGAUUUCAUCUGUUCACCCGCUCAGUUACGCCGACCGGCUCCGUAUCCGACAUCCUGGCGAUGCCGGGUUUGCCUUAGGUCCGCAUAUUGAUGGCGGCAGCGUCGAGCGGUGGGAACCAAACGGGUACGGCAGAGGGAAGGUAUACGAAAAAAUCUUGCAAGGGCGCUGGGAAGAAUACGACCCAUGGGAGUCCAGCUGCAGACUAGCUGCUGUAUCCGAUUUAUACGAAGGCGCUGGUGCUUGUAGCAUGUUCAGGAUGUUCCAGGGCUGGCUUAGUAUGUCGACAACCGCACCAAAUGAAGGGACCCUUCUCGUCAACCCGUUGUUUUCGCUGUCAAUCAGUUACGUUCUUCUGCGACCUUUCUUCGCACCUCGCAGUCCACCCACCCAGUCAGAAAGUGCUGUUAGCUCCACGGACUCAUUUCUCAGCCCUGAGAACUGGACUUUUGAGAGCCAACCAUCAAGCCUAUUUCAGGGCGCACAUCCCGGCCAUUCUCAGGAACUUAAUGCAGCUUUGCAUCCUCACCUCGAGUUGGCGAAGUCGAUGGUGCAUGUUCCAAAAGUAGAGCCGGGCGACUAUGUUGUUUGGCAUUGCGAUACUAUUCACGCUGUCGAUAAAGUUCACAAUGGCAAAUUGGAUUCUAGCGUCAUGUAUAUUCCUGCCUGUCCUCUUACCGAAUCCAACGCCGAGUACCUUUCCCGACAAAGAGACAAUUUCCUUCGUGGAACUCCAGCUCCGGACUUUCCUGGAGGUAAGGGUGAGAGCGAGCAUACUGGACGACCAAGUGUCGACGAGCUAAAGAAGUAUGCCGAUGCCGCCGGCUUGCGCGCUUUCGGUUUCAAGGAAUUUGAUGUUGCCGAACCAGGUCUUGCAGUGGGACAGAAGAAGAUGCUACACCGCGCGAAUGGGAUUUUGGGGUUCGAAUAAAGUCAUGACAUUGUUUUUCAAUCAGGCAAACAUAGGUUUUAAUUUUCAAUAUUUUUUUUUUCUUGGUUUUCUUUUGAAGCUGGUCGAAAUGGGAAACCAAAACCAGGUGUCCUGAGUCAUUCAAGAGCUUACAAUUCAAAAUCUUUCCGAAUAUGUAAAGGUAUUCAAAUUUUCGGGUGACUGCAAGGUUAUUCGGAUGGGUCAUCAUAUACAAGCCACACCGCAUGUGGCUCUGUAGGGCAUCACAGGGGAUCUCAAAAAGGGCAAGCGUGUUGUCUUUUGGUGGGGAACAGAGCGUACGGGUGACGAGAACAUGUCAUAGGAGGGGCUUAGUCUCUCUACCUACCCUUCACCUCCACUGUUCAGCUGGCCAACGCAUCUGAUAUCAUUGGUCCUGUC